AUGCAUGAGGAUUCACACACGUUGCCGGCGCCUACGGGAUCCUCCGAAUCCCUGAGCGGCGGUUUAGAUCCCACGACCUUACCCAGCGAACCCCCUGUUUGCCGUAUCACCCCAAAGGAGUGGUUCGCCGUGGCGAAGUGGUCGUGGGAUGCGACAUCGGAGGUCUGCGGGAUCUGCAAAAACGCGCUUGUCGACGCCUGCGUGGACUGCCAAACACGCGGCCUCCUGACAUCUCCUCCGCCUCCCUCUUCAACCUCUUCGACUUUGGCGACGACGAACUGCCGGGUUGCGUGGGGUGGCUGCCGCCACGUCUUUCACGAGCAUUGCCUCAGCCGCUGGCUAGUGCAGCGGGCGGUUUGCCCGGUGUGCGGACAGGACUGGAAGCUGCAGGGGUUAACCUCAAACGAUUGA